GCGCGAGCGAGCUAGUGGACUUCUGAUGCUGCGCGAGACUGGCGAAAGAAGAGUGAACACGAAACAUCACAAGUCGCGGGGAAAGUUGUUUUUGUACCCACACCGGUUAUUAAAUUGUGGCUUAAAAGCAGAGGAAUGGAUUUGAGGACGUGCUGCUUUUGUUUAAUCAAUUUUAUUCUCCUCGCAGGCCCAGCCUGUGGACUACAGAUCACUUCCACUAGCCCCACGUCCAUUGAGAAAGCCAGUGGCGAGACUGUGAAGCUGGACUGUCAGUUUACUCUCGCUGCUGAGGAUUCUGGGCCUUUGGACAUUGAGUGGAGCCUGCAGCCUUCUGACAACCAGAAAGAAGAGAAAGUGGUGAUUGUGUACUCGGGUGACAGGGCUUUUGAACACUACUAUGACCCUCUUAAAGGAAGAGUUCACUUCAACUCCCCUGACCCUAAAAACGGUGAUGCCUCCAUGAACAUCAUGGGCCUGAAAGCCACAGACACGGGAACCUAUCAGUGCAAGGUGAAGAAGGUUCCUGGUAUCAGCAGCAGGAAAUUCCUCUUAACUGUCAUGGUGCGCCCCUCUAAGCCCAGAUGUUAUGCUGAAGGUCAGACUUAUGCAGGGAAAGAUAUGGUGUUGAGGUGUAGUUCUGUGGAGGGCACACAACCACUGCAGUACAUUUGGGAAAGAACCACAGGCAAUAAACUGCUACCGCCCCUGGCAGUGCUGGAUCCGGUCGGAGGCACCAUGAGUCUGAGGAACGCGACUGAGGCAGCUUCAGGAACAUACAAAUGCAUCGCUAAAAACCGUGUUGGAACAGAAGAGUGUUUGGUGGAGGUCAAUGUCACACAACCCCCUAACACAGCCGGCGUCAUCGCAGGUGUCGUUAUCUGCAUUCUGCUGGUUCUCAUUCUUCUCGCCCUCCUCCUCUUCUGCUGCUGCCGUGCUCGCAACAAGAAGAAGUACGAGAAGGAGAUAGCCUAUGAGAUCAGAGAGGAUGUCCCCCCUCCAAAGAGUCGUGUUUCCACUGCACGCAGUUUUACUAGUGUGGGCAGCCAGCGCUCCUCUCUGGGCUCCAUGUCACCCUCCAACCUGCACGAGUACAGCAAGCCCCAGUACGACAAGAUACCCUCUGAAGAGUACGAGAGGCCCCCUAGUCAUGCCCCUAUUGCCCCACCCAGCAGAAUGGCCGGGCCCAACCUCAGCCGCAUGGGAGCCAUCCCUGUGAUGGUCCCUGCCCAGAACAGGGAUGGGUCCAUUGUGUAAAGCUGAACUGGGAUCAUUCUCGACACAAUUUAGACUGUCACUAUUCUAUUCAUUGUUCUCGCGGAAAAUGUGAAGGAGCAAAUGAAGGUUUCUGCAGAGAGUCGAACUCAGCCGUACCAUCGCUGAUAAUACAAUCUGACUCAAAGAAGUUCAACAAACAAUAACAAAAAACUUUAUUCAAUAGGAUGCGGAUAGGUGACUGAUUCACCUGCUCCUGUUUUGUAAAUAAUGCAACGCAUGUUGUUCUUUUUUUUCAUUUUUUUCUUUUUAAAAAUAGAAGUCCCUAUCUAAAUAUAAGGCACUUGAAUUGUUUGCCUAUUAAGUGUUCUCCAGAGAUUAAGUGAAACUCGUUGAACUAAAUCAAAUGUAUGUAGUACAAACCAUAGUUCCUGGCUUUAGAUGAAAACUCCCAAGCUAUUUGUUACUCUUUUUUUUGCUUUUUUAUUUUUAUCAGUUUGAAACAUUUUCAGGCAACUUUCAAACAUUUAUCUAUGACAAUUAUUAUCUCUAGCUAUGCUACAAAAGCCUGGUAAAGAUUUACUCAAAGGUCUGUGGAAAAUAUGUGGGUUGGCUUUGGUUUCUGGAUAAGAAUAUAAGAUUAAAAAGCGUUUGAUAAAGGCGUUUGUUUGGAUUGAAAAUGAUUUACAUGUAAUAUGUAUAUAUGAACAUGAAAUUGAUCUGACAAUGAGCCAAUACUGUGAUUUCUUAAACUGCUUUAAUUUUUAUGGACCAUUUGGCAAUUGUAUACCCCCAUCGGUACGUGCAAUUAGUGGUUAGUUUAAGUCUCUGAUUGGUUGUUUAUGCUUUGAUUGGCUCACGACACCCAGACCUCUACUUCCCCCAAACCUUCAGCGUCGUGGUAGUCAUCAAAAUUAAUAAGAUUAAAAGAUGCUCAAGCUGGGUGGUAAAAUAUGGUUCACUGAGCAAUCAAGCAAGUUUGAAGGCCCUCUGCCCCAGCCAGGCCAGAAAAGCUGAUCACAGACGUCUCGGAGAUGUUAAUCCUAAACCUGCAACUGGCCCGGCUCAACUCGUCCCUCUUUAAAGCUGAUUUUCAAUUCGACGUGUUACUUUAGUUCGUAAUUGAUUUAUUACAUGAAAGACAUUUUACUGAAGGAUUUGUUGACAAAUUGAAGGAAACCAAUUAAGCAGAAGACUGUCUAUAGAUUUUUAAGAGACUUGAAUGUUUAUGAAUAGCGUAUUGAUUAGGAUUACUCUUCACCGUAUUCAUCACAGUGAGUGUCACCAGUCUUUCGUAUUGUUUGGGUUACUGUAGAUUUCAUCCCACAGGGUCACCCUAAUGUUCACUCUGUGCCUUUUUUAACUUUGGGUGUAAUGAACUGGUGGCACUGGCGGGGUUCAUUUCAGCAAUGUAAGGUAAAUUACAAAACAAUCAUCAUUUAAAGUAUAUUUUGAUUAAGGUUGUAAUGCAAAAUUUAAUGUUGCCUGUUUCUGUGAUACGAAUAUUAGUCAAUAUAUUGCUAGAUUUACAAUAAACAGGUUUUUUUUUUUUUUUUUUUUUUUUUUUUGUCUCCUGAAUGCUGGAUUUGGUCUCAUGGAAGGGUAUUGUGUAUUCUGACAACAGUAUGCUGUCUCUCUGUCUGUCUGUCUGUUUCUGUUGUACACAAAUUGCAGCCUUUUCACAAUCUGCUUGUCUUUUGACCAGGUUUCCUGUUGAAUGUGUAAAUAUAUUUACUGUAAUGUUUGUCUUUACGUCUGUAAUAUGCUGUCGCUCUGGCUGUGAAUGAUGAAGGACAAGAGCACGAUCAGGCUAACCAUCUGGACAAGGUAUUAUUAACAUUUAUUACGCAUAUGUUGUCAUUACCCGAAAGCACACGCACUUGUGAUUUCCCUGGCUUUUAUUUAUUAAGCCUGUAAGAAUAGAGUUGCUGUUACAGGAUCAGUUCGGCUUGUUUAAACAUGGAGAGUAAUGCCAGUGUAAACACAGAAAUCUGAUCUUUGAUCAGCAACCCUUUAAUGCUAGCUGUGCGAAUCGACAUCCUUGAACUGAAUCAUCUGUUUUCUGCUUGGAUGGGGCCCGUUUGGUAUUUAAUUACAGUAGAGGUUAGGCUGGUUCUCUGUACAGUGCCAUUUAAAGAGAUAGAUGCUCUCCUUACUAAUAAGACACAACCAAUGAUUAUUAACUGUAGGUGUUUUCUUUUAAAAAAAAAACGUGUACUAAUAUUACAUUAACUUUUUUUCCCUUCCUAUUUGUUUGGUUUGCACAUCAUGUAAAAUCCUCAUUUUAUUUUUGUGUGCUUUUGUGAUGUAUUUUUGAAUAAAAAUGAAACCACUAUCGUUCUA